UGCACUCAGUAGCUCAGAGAAGGCGCAGAUCGAACGCUGCUUUGCUAUCACAGCACGCACACCUGAAUUUGACAAAAUGGUUGCAAUCUGAUCACUAAAGUCGGAUACCACUAAAUUAAAAAAGGCGCCGUGCAAAUAACAUCCAAGGAAUAUUUUACAAAUCGAUGGAAAUCAGAGCGCCGAAGUCGAGCUGCAUUAUCUGAGAGUGCUAAGUGGGACAGAAAGUUUGCGAUUCUUUGCAGUGCCAAUUUUGUGGGACUUUGCUGGAUUAGUGCACUGCAGCUGUGUUUUCGCAACAAGGGACAGGCAAAACUGGACUUUGCAUUACGUUGCAAGUGAGUAUUUAUGCAAUUAACGAUAAGGUGAACACCACGAAAAAAAAUAGCUGUUGAGCUCCGCACGACCUCCCGAGAAUCUCAUUGCUCUCGCUCCCACAUGUUGGAAACCCCGCUCUCCUAUCCCCGGGAAUAGUUUACUCCUGAUCUGUUUCAGUUGAAACUAGUGCUUAAAAGAAAAAGGAAUCCAAACACUUGUUGUUUGUAACAGCGGAUCGUGUUUACUGUACGUCUCCUAUGGCCGCUUUUUUGAGUAAUUGUUACUGAAACUAACCGAGUGAAAUUGAACUGCGGAAUCAGCGUCGGACAGCAUAUCUAGGGAACCACGACGUUCCACCGUGCCGGGCAGAACGAGUUUCGUCCCUGCAUUUAAUCAAUUGAAACAAGAAUACGACUGUCAUUGAACGUCUGCUGGGAUUGCAACGGGGACAACGUCGUGCAAUUGAAAUCGGAAAGCUACCUACUACCGAAUUCAGCCUCUCUUAAAAAGUGUUUCGCCAAUAAUUUGAAAACGGAGAGCAGGCAAAUAUAUACGAUUGCAGUGCAAAUAACGUGUCACGGAUGUGAGAAGGCGGAGUUAAUAUAUGGGAUCGUACAGUGUUGACGUGAAAUGAAAGAAUUUAACACGUUUAAAAUUUGGCCAUGAGUGGAAAAAAAAGUAAUGCUGGCAGCUCCCGCUGAUUGCAAUAAAACUCUGUACGUAGUCUCGUAUUUUUGAGAGCUAUGAAAAACUCUUAAGUGCGCUCGAGGAAAAAAUGAAUCAAGUAACGGGAUUGUGAACAUUGCCUUUUUAAUUUGCAGCUCUCCUACAUUGCUUUCUACUAAAUGCAUUUUGGAAGAAGUCCUGCGGUGUUUGCAUUUUGACAAAAAACGAGAGGAGAUCGUAACUUUGCAAGAUAUAGAUAUUGUACUGUACACACAGACAAGACAGAUAAGGAGAACACAAUGGAGACGGAGAGCCUGUAUGGCAAUUACAACGCGGGGCCCGGCUUGGAACCAGUCAGCUUGCAGCGGCAGGGGGCGGUGUUCGAGAGCGUGUUCCACGCGGCGUGCGCGCGGGAGCCCGGGCAUGCGGGAGCGCGCGACCCGGCGGGCGGCCACGAGGCGGCGGGCACGCGCGACCCCGGCGGCGGCAACAACAGCAGCAGCGGCGGCUUUGGCGCCUUUUGCGGAGACGACGUGGCCGCGUGCCGCCAGAGCGGCGCCAUCUUGAGAGAGGAGGACGGGGCCGGCGCGCCGCGGCCUUUCGUCGUCCGCACCAUCUUCAGCGCUUACCCGCCCAGCGACAAGGUCCGUGCCUACCACUGCGACUUCCAGGAGCGGGAGCUGGCGAGUGAGUACUCGCCCGAGGCCGACUUCAGCGGCAGCUGCUCGUACUCGUUGACAAGCGACACCGCCCGCGAGCUCUGCAAAGCCGUCUCGGUCUCCAUGGGCCUCAACGUGGACAGCAACGAGCUAGGAGAGCUGCAGUCGGCGUACACUAGUCAGGGCAAAAUGGACUGCAUGUUUGCUUUCCCUCAGGCUAACGGCACGGCGGGGCUCGACGCCGAGGCCGCUGUCUCCGACCAGUCGAGUCCCGGGGCCCAGAGCCGGAGGAUGUCCGGCAGGAUGGAGGUGGCAGACGAGCUGGACGCGGCCACCGAGGCGUUCGCCGUCGACUUCGAGGUGGUUCAGCCGCGCAGGGAAACGGCCUGUGGCGGUGGCCUGGCCGAGGAGGCGGCAGCCAGGGCCGCUGAGGCCAAAUCCACGAGUGGCGAAAGCCAGGCGGCUGAGUUCCCCGACAAAGGUCACAAGCACUGCUCCUUCGGCAGAGUCCUCCGCAACUACGGGUCCGGGCCGUCUCCCUCGGAGGGGAGCUCCAUGUACAACCUGUCGAGCAGAGCCGGCUUCAGGGAGGACGAGAAUUGCGCCCUGAACGGCGGCGACCAGUUCGCUGCGGCGACCAAUUUCAAAAUCAAGAUUGAGGAGCCCGACACGGUGGACAACCGCGAUGCAUUUGGUUCCCAGUGCAGGUACUCUGACUGCGCCGGCAACCCCUUCUAUGGCUCUCCGCCGUCCUGGCGUUAUGUCGAGAAGGGGAGCUUGGACAACGACUACGGCGUUUCCCCCGACUAUCCAAGGAAAAGUUUAGCGCUUCGCGAGAACGUUAUGGCCCCUGAAUCGUGGUACUCAAGUGCGCUGCUGGACAGGGGACCGCAUCAACCCUCAUGCCAUAUUAAAAAUGAAAUGGAUAACUGGAUCGAUGGAUACUAUAACAUACGAUUGGAUAAUACAAGGAACCUUGGCCUUCAGAUGGACUACUUUUUCCAACCUCAGAAAACCUGCCUCAUUUGUGGUGAUGAAGCAUCUGGAUGUCAUUAUGGAGCACUCACCUGUGGCAGUUGCAAAGUAUUCUUCAAGAGGGCAGCUGAAGGAAAACACAAGUUUCUGUGUGCCAGCAGGAAUGAUUGCACUAUUGAUAAAGUACGGAGAAAAAACUGUCCAUCAUGUCGCCUGAGAAAGUGCUUUGCAGCAGGAAUGACGCUUGGAGGUCGAAAACUAAAGAAUACAAGACCAUUCCAAACUGCAGAGGAAACAGACUCUUCGGUUACACAAAAGCAACAGGACACCAGCCUCGUGAUAGUACCAAGGAUUGGUAUACCAAGAAUGCAGAAAUUUCAAUGUCAGCCCCUUUUCCUAGCUGUGCUGCAGUCCAUUGAGCCUGAUAUGGUAUAUGCAGGGUAUGACAAUACUCAACCUGAUACAUCAGCCAGUUUGUUGACAAGUCUCAAUGAACUUGGGGAAAGGCAACUUGUGCGUGUUGUCAAAUGGGCAAAGGUCUUACCAGGUUUUCGCAAUUUACAUGUGGAUGACCAAAUGAGUCUCAUACAGUAUUCGUGGAUGGCAGUUAUGGUCUUCGCAAUGGGAUGGAGGUCCUAUAGAAUUGUGAAUGCCAGAAUGCUCUACUUUGCACCAGACUUGGUAUUUAAUGAGCAACGGAUGCAAAAGUCAACUAUGUAUAAUCUUUGUAUGGAAAUGCAGCAUCUAUCCCAGGAGUUUCAGUGGCUGCAACUCUCACAGGAUGAGUUCCUUUGCAUGAAAGUGUUGCUACUGUUUAGCAUCAUUCCAGUUGAAGGCCUGAAAAAUCAGAAAUACUUUGAUGAGCUGCGUUUGAACUACAUACAAGAACUGGACAGAGUAAUUUCCUUUCAGGGGAAGGAUCCUACACAUAAUCCACAGCGUUUUUAUCAACUAACCAAGCUCCUAGACUCCCUGCAAAUAACAGUGAGGAAACUUCACCAGUUUUCAUUCGAUCUCUUUGUUCAGUCUCAGUCUCUCAGCGUACAGUUCCCUGAAAUGAUGGCAGAAAUAAUCUCUGCCCAGGUACCAAAGAUCCUCGCUGGUAUGGCCAAACCGCUUCUUUUUCAUGAACAAUGACAUUCAUUGCUUAUAUAUGUUAUACUGCCUGUAACUCUGUACUACCUAGAGUUUAUCUUGUUUUCAACGUCUUCAGUUCAGUCAAAUGCAGAAUGAUCUGAUUUAGAAAUGAAAAAUCUUUUGCGAAAUCUACCUUUAUUUCCGGUGUUCGAUUGACCACCUCGUUACAAAGUUGGUCAUGUUAUACCACCAAUGUGGUAGGCAGGUUAUAAUCUUAUUAACCAGUUGUUAUGUUGGACCACACAAAUUACUGGAUAAUAAUCUGGUUAUAUUUAGAAAAAAAAAGAACAGUUGCAUUUACCUCUUCAUCGGUCCAUCAGAGUAGUUUCAUUUUCUGAUUUUUACUUAAAGCUACCUACAUUUGUUUUUGUUAUUUUGAAACUACCUAGUGACCUGUUUUUUUUAUUUUACAUAUCAGAUAUUAGUUUAGCCUGGUGUUAAAAUAGUGCCUCACAUCAUGUUACAUUUAUCAAAUUAUUUUUGUUAAAUGCAAAAUUUGAUGUAAAUUGCAUUUUUUUUAAAUUGCACUAUGAAUUUACUUUUCCUGAAUACCAGAAAAAAUGUAUGUUAUAGUAGUUGUGAGAUGUUCCAAAAUUCAUAAAUAUUUUUUGAAUUUCCAAAGAGGUACAUAAUAUGAUGGGCUUUUACAUGCAAUGAUUUACUAGAAUUCUUCCUCUCAGUUGAAACGCGUACGUUUGUAAAUUAAAAAUCAUAGAAUUUGUGCUUCUGAAUCCCAACUAUAUCAUGUUUCACUUUUGAGGAUUGCAUAAGUUGUGGGUGCACUACGCUGCUUCUGUGCAAAAUUUAGUAUCUGACAGACAUGUUCUGUUGAUGGAUUUGAACUUCCACCUGGUCAACAACAUGCAGUAGUAUUCCAAAUUUGAUAUGUACCAAAGCCAUUUUAUACUUAAACUAGGAUCCUGUGGUACCUUUUUUAAGUAACUAUGUAGUGCAAUACCAACUGCAUGUUUGGAACUUAAAUCUGAUUUAUAAUUCUUGAUCAUCAAGCCACAGUUGUUUUAUUCUAUACAUACUUAAUCAGAAAUAAUAUUUAGUGAUUGAGCAUCUUACCUUUAACUAAGACAGGUAAGUCCCACGAGGCAAUACAAUCCACACACUACUUAACUAUGCAAGCAUGCAAAACAUUUUUCGUUGGUACGACAGUCUUUCGGGCUGUUGUUUGUAUUUUCAUUAGCACAUCUUUGCCAUAUUUGUACUUGUCCCUUUUUUUAAAUCUGUGCAAAAACACAAACAACAUACUAUAAAAACACUUCUGAAAAUGUCCUUGUACAUUUAUCUGUAGCAUGCCACAUAUUUGUGCCAGUUUGGUUUGCUGCAAACCAUUGAAAUUCUUGCUCUUCUACAAAAAUGAAGUAUGAAUAUAGGUCACAUGGUGAAAGCGGCUUGCAUCUAAAGAAGGAAGACUUUAUGCCAGUAAAAGCAGUUCAAAAGUAGAGUUUAAAUAGUCCUUUUUUAUUCUAGAUAUGAGCAUGUUACUAAUCAUUUAGAGUUAACAAAACAAAACUGAUGUAAAUUUCCAAACUUCAUUAAUGUAGAGUAAAAGUAUAAAGAUAAUGCAUUUCUCCAUUGGCAGUAUUUUCAAAAUUAAAUGUCUUGUGUAAAAAUGUUACUGUAGGCUUCACAGUUUUAAAAAUAAUACUUAUUUCCGUCAUCUGUGAAUAGCACCAAUGUACUGCGUACCUUGUUUGGACUCCUUUUGGAUUUUUUUUUGUUCAGUGCAGCCAAAAGACAGGCUAAAGCUAGAUGUACAAUUCUAUAAGCAUAUUCUUUAACAAAAUAUUGUAUUUUUGAGGGAUGGGAAGGAUAGAGGAAUGCACUUGUUCAUAUUUUUAAGCAUAUUAAAAGGACUUGCUACUUAUUUUAAAAUGACUUAGUUUUUGCUUUCUUUGGGUGUGCAGGAAAGAGAAUAUUCUCUUGCCAGUGCAGGCUUAAUUAUUGUUGAGUUUGAGUUGCAAUGUAUCAUAAAAGCCUUGAGGACUUGGUCAUUGAAUCCAUGACUUUCAGUAACCUAGGUGGUUGUAGAUCUGGGAGCAAAUAAAAUCCUAAAACUUUUUUGUUUCACUUCUCUCACCAAAAAUAUAAAUGGAAUAGUUUUAGUUCUCCCAGAGAAAGAGAUGUAAACUUCGAGACUUAUGGGAUGGACCAGUGUUUAUUUUUUAAGUAAAUAAAUACUUAAUGUUUACUCAAUUUAUCUUGCCAAUUUUUUGGCUUCUAACACCAUAAUCUUUGUAGUUUCAGCCAUAAUUUACUGCAGUUGAUAUUGUAAAUCAAGAAUAAAUAUAAUGAAUUCCUGUGUUAAAUUCGAAAAUAUAUCUUUUUCAUUAGCCUUUUCUGGCUAUGAAAGUGUUAUGCAAAAUUUCCAAAUGUUGAUGGUGAGUGCUGAUAUUUCAAAAAUAGGGUUAUGCUCAGUUAGGAUGAAUAAAUUGUUAUGUAAAUGUACAAAUCUGUGUUACAGUGGUAAUAUGUUGCUAGUACUGCAAAAAUAAUGCAUAGAAUAGAUAUUUCUUGAUUGAAGCACCACUCUGGCAAUUAAAAUGUUUCAUUUAUCUAGUCAUUCCUGUGAAGUAGAUGACACCCAAUGUAUAGGAAAUAAACAGUUAUUUGCCAUGAUGUUCCCUUAAAAAGCUAUCCUUAUUGAUAUGUCCGUUAAUAUGCAUAUGUUUGUGUUCCAAUUUUUUUAAUUUUUGGAGUUUAUUCUUUUUGGAAAAUUAUUCCCAAGUGCUUACAAAUACCUGUAUAUAUUUCCCCUGCCUUAGCUGCCACAAAUUUGGAGAUACAUUUGUAAGUGCCUUCACAUAUCUCUUAAAGUUAACAGGGAAAAAAUAGUCUAUUGUGUUAGAAUGCUACCAGACACUCAUUAAAAAUUAGUUUUAAAAUAUGUUUAACUGGAAUAAUGGCAUUAGGUUUCUUUAUCUGGGUGAAUUUUGCAGGGUAUUUUCAGAUUUUUUGUUCCAUUUUAAAGUUUUCAUUUCAUGUUUCAUUUUAUGUUAAUGACACCUACAGAUUCAUAAAUCAAGACUAUCAUUUUAUAAUUUUAGGUACAAUGAUAUCAGUAAGCAAGUAUUUCUGUUUUGGUGGUGACUUUGUAAGAGAUGACCAUAAUGAAAAUCAAAUAUCAUUUGUUUUUUUCAUUCCCAGUAACCUGCAGUGAGAUUAGUUACCCCACAAGUCACAUGAAACACUAAUUUACCAUUCACAUCAAUCCACCUUGAUAUGUGCUACCAGCAAAGAAAUUCCCAGGCAAAUUAACUUGGCGAUCUCCUGCCAAUUAAACACAUGUAUAUUACAAAUAAUGACACUAAAUAAUAUGUAUCACAAGGCAAUAAUACACGUUCAAUGUAGAAUAAUAAUACCAUAUUUUAUAUGUCUGAAGAAGGGCCUUGACCCGAAACGUCACCUAUUCCUUCGCUCCAUAGAUGCUGCCUCAUCUGCUGAGUUUCUCCAGCAUUUAUGUCUACCUUCCAUAUUUUAUAAUGUAAUUUCCACGUGCAUUAUUGCCUUGUAACAUAUUUCCGUGGUAAUUAAUUCCCUAUAUGUUGUGACUAAAAUGAUUUUUCCUGAAGUGACAUCACUAUUGAAAUAGCCAUAAUUGGGGAGUGUUAGGGGUACUUGGCAGUUGGGUGGAAAGGAUGAUAAGAGAUCAGUUUAAAAGCACGUCCUUCGGAAAAAUAAAGCUCAAACUUUGAAACUCAAGAAUUAUAAAAUCAUCUUUUAAAACCUCUUUGCAAAUACAGCUUCAGAUCUAAGUAGUUCCCGUAUUUUGUUGUUUUAUAUUUCCAACAUCUGCAGAUGUUAGUUUUUGUUUUAAAAUAGUAUAUUCUGUAUCUCACAACGUAUAAAGGCCAAAAUCUUUCUACUUGGCCUGUACUUUUACCAGUCAUCUCAAAUAUGUUUCAUGGUCCUUGAAUAAAAGUUUACCAGAGAAGUAUAAUAUUACAUCCCUUGUUUUUUUCCAGGCAAAAACAGUCACUCUCCCAAUAUUUUGAGGGUAUAAACCACAUCUGACCAAUACCAUGUACUGAAUGAAUGUAUGCAUCACCCCAUUUUUAGUUUAAAGUCUGUCGAUAUUUAGAGUCUGUUUCUUUAAUGGUCUGAGGAUAGAAAUGUUUUGUAAGAAUAAGCACCUUAUAAGUGACCAUUUUUGUCAGCCUUUUUGAUUCAUUUUUGUAUUCUUGAGCAUUUGUUAAUAAAAGGAAUAUGCACACU